AUGCGGAACUUACUCCGGCGGUUACUCCCCCUGCUGCACGUAGUCGGCGGCUUCUUCAUGUUGUGGAAGGGGUUCUCUGUCCUGGCCGACUCGCCGUGCCCAGCGCACGUCGUUAUCUCGGAGUCGAUGGCGCCGGCGUUCCAGCGCGGCGACAUCAUCCUCUUGUCGAACCGCGGCCGCGAGAUCCGGGUGGGAGACAUACCCGUCGUCUGGUUCCGCAACGCACCACUGCCCAUGGUCCACAGGGCGACCAAGAUCCUCUGGGCGGCGAGGCCGGGAGGCAAAGGCGAGAUCGAGCAAUUGAUCCUCACCAAGGGCGAUAACAACGAGCUGGAUGAUGUUGCCUUGUAUCCUGGUAGCCGGAGGUAUGUGUACAGAGAUGAGAUUAUUGGGGUCGUCCGAGGUUACUUGCCGUUCUUGGGGUGGAUCACGAUACUAUUGAAUGAGACGCCGUACCUGAAGGUCGGACUGGUUGCUGGGUUGACGCUCAUCAGCAUAUUUGCAUAG